UGAAGGUGGCAAUUGUGUGCUUAAGAUGACGGAGAUGACGUUAGAGAUGGGAGGGACGAGUUUGGUUGUUGUGGUAACGGGAGAAGCUGAUAAGUCUCCUUAAUUCUGGAGGUAAUGCAUGUUCCUGUGCCCCGAGAACCUGCUGACCCGAUGUGCCCCGCAAAGGAGAAUGAUGGCGACACCGGUGAAUACUCCUGUAUCCUGUGGACGGGAGGCUCGCGGAAAGUUCCCAUCCUGCUCUUCCAUGCAGAGGCGAUUCUGACCAAGGAGCUGUCACUGCGCGUGGUUGGAGAGCGCUAUCACCUGUCCUUCAAGAUGGUCCGCACAGACAGCCGCCUGGUCCGAAGCAUUCUCUCUGCGCACGGCUUCCAGGAGGUCAAUGCAAAUAGUAAUGACUUCAACCUGAUGUGGACAGGAUCUCAUAUAAAGCCUCAUCUCAUGAGGAGCCUGACCAGUUUCCAGAAAGUCAACCACUUCCCCAGGUCCUAUGAGCUGACCCGCAAAGAUCGUCUCUACAAGAACGUUCAGCGCAUGCAGCAAAUCCAUGGAUUGCGGAACUUCAGCCUCCUGCCCCUGACCUACCUGCUGCCUGGGGAGUACCAGGAUUUCUGCAAUGCCUUCUCAAAGGACCGUGGCCCUUGGAUUGUGAAGCCGGUGGCAUCUUCUCGAGGACGUGGAGUUUAUUUAAUCAACUCUGCGAAGAUAUUGUGCAGAAUCCAGGACGAGGAAGCGAGGCGAGGCAGUUUUGUUCGUAUCUUCCCCAGACACGAAACGUGGUCACUUUACGGCUCGUUCCUGGAACAUAAAACGUCUCUUAAUUACAUGCUGACAACACACCUCUUUCCAGACAGGCCACCGGCGAACGGAACCUGUGACUCCGCACCGAAACUGCAUGCUGCAUUGUAUGAAAGAAAACUGGUGUCUCUGCAGCUGCGCAAAUCUAGGAACCACAGGACUUCACGCAAAACAGCUUUAGCUGAGCCUGCUGCUGACAGCUCUGCACAUGAACAAGAAGAGGAGGAUCAUGCUGAGGAUGAAGACCUGGAAGAUAUACAUGACCAUGACACCUCAUUGCUGGACGUACAGACUGCUCCAGCACCGCCUCCCCGUGUCUCCAUAAUAGAGAUCUUACAGAAGGGUGCAAACCUGAGCAAGGUCCAGGCUCGCUUGGCUUUCUCUAGUUAUUUACAACGGGUUCAAAGUCGCCUUGAGAUUGAGAGAGACUCUGAGAGGUUAUUGCCGAAAGAGGAAGAGCAAAUGGAGCUGGUGAUGAGGUUCCUGCAGCGCGCAGCCAGUAAUCUGCAGCAAUCUGUGCGUCUGACACUCCCGAGCCGCGCUGUGCCGUUCCAGGAGAGACGCCGCAUGUUGGCAAUAGAGCUGGGAGACUUCAUUUGUCUGUACAACCAGGAAACACAGCAGAUGAGCUGUGAAAAAUUACAGGAAAGCGGAAUUGAAGGGGUUAAUCCUGUAGAUUUUCAGGCAUUCAUAGCUCAUGGCAGUGAGUGCGAGCUGGAAGAAGUCCUCACCUUUUACACACACAAGAAUAAAUCCGCCAGUGUAUUUCUGGGUCGCUCCAGCAGUGCGGACAGCAGAAGGAAAGAGGCAGGUCCUCAGGGAAGCGUGGCACACAGACCCACCCAGCCUCCAGGGUUGAAUGCUCAGCAACAACCGGGGAUUCAGUCCCGAGUUAUGAAGGGAUCUGUGCUCCCGGAAGCCUCCGUCUCUUCCGUUAUCUAUGGCUCUCCUCAUUCCACGGCCAGCGUGUCCUCAGAAUCACCAGUGACCAAUUCACAAUUGCUUCACCGAGCCCGCAGUUCCAGCCCCUCCUGUAUAGGAAGCCGGUUACAGCUCUCCUCAGGGCAGUCUGUCACCACCGGGACAUCCGUUCCCCGCACCCAGUCCUUCGGGACCUUCUCCUCCUUCCAGAGCGCUGCUCAAAUCUACAGCCAGAGACUGAGCCGCCCGAGAGCCACCAUGGCAGCCAGUGCCCUGCGGAGUCGAUGUAGCUCAGCGUCGGGAGUAAGAGAGCUGGAGGACCCCUAUAAUGUGGGCGCAGUUACAGCGUCAUUGCAGCGUCUGGCAGAGAGACAAGCAAGUCGCCAGCUCUCACAACAGAUGACUCGUCUGACCAUCGCCAGCGGAGCCUGUACAGGGACGGGCGGCCGCUUAGGCUCUGCUCAGCGACUGCUCAGAAGAUGUAUUAACGCUGAAAGUGAUCACCCCGACUCACAAGCCGGGGACACUAAACACAGCAUACGUUCUGCGUGGGACUCUGAGCUAGGUACAUCUGCUUUCCUACCUGGUGCCUCCACCUACAGUGCUUCCCACGCCCCACAGGAGCUGACCCCCGAUCAGCUAUCCAGUAACCAGCCCAGCGUCCUCCAGCCCACACCACCUGCCAGUCACAGGCUGUGUGUCGCCCGGAGGAUGUCCGCCCCCCGCAUGGUCCGAGUGGCGGUGUCAGAUGGGCAGAAGACCCCCGAAUCUCUUCUGAGUAGUGACCCGGGAGCCCCCCCUAUGAGUGUCCCAGAAGGAGCGCAGAUUAUAUUUGCCAGAUCCAAGCCUCCAGUCCCCCCUCCUAGGACAAUCAGCAAAGUGCAGAGGAAGAGAGAGGGGGCGGUCUGUCCCACAUAGCGUCCACAGACCGGAGAACAAUAAUCUUAUGAGGAGAUUCAACCAAAGCCGCGCACUGUGACUUCCAUCCCAAUGUACUGUAUAUAACAUCUUUUGUAUCGCUUGUACAGAUUAAUAAAUAACUUUAUGUAA